AUGUUUGGACAUAGCAAUUAAAAAUAAUGGGAAAUAUCAAUAAAGCGUUAAUUCAGACACGGAAAGAAAUAACAAAUUAUCGAUAUUAAAAAUAAAAUCAAAGAAAACUUACGGAUUUAUGAAUUUACCAAAUAAUCUUAAAUAUAUGUUUUUAUUGAAUUUAAUUCAUAUAAAAAGUAGAUGUGA